UGCGCAGAAAUUUCAUUCAAAUCAAGAUUGCGUGAGUGUACACAUAUAGGAUUAAAAGAUGUCAGAAACGGCUGCCGCAGAACCAGAAACCGUGGACCCUAAGCCUGAGACUGAAAAGGUCGGAAAGGCCACCAAAGCUGCAAAAAGUCCGAAAAAGAAGUCUGUUAAAUCCAAAAACAAGACGCCACUGAAUCAUCCUCACUACCGGGAGAUGAUCAAAGAUGCAUUGACCAAUUUGAAAGAGAGGGGAGGAAGUUCUCGACAGGCAAUUCUAAAGUAUAUUAUGAAGAAUUUUAAAGUGGACGAUGAGAAAUCGGCAAACAAUCAUCUGAAAAUGGCUCUGCGCGCCGGUGUAAAGAAUGGGUCUCUGAAACAGUCUAAAGGAACCGGUGCCUCUGGGUCAUUUAGAUUAGGAGAGGGAGCAAAAUCUCACAGCAAACCAAAACCAAAGAAAGAGAAAACGACCAAGCCAAAAACGGAGAAGAAAGUGAAAAAGAAGCCAAAAGUGAAAGCCAAGGCAGAGAAGAAACCGAAAGAAAAAACAGAGAAGAAAACUAAAUCACCGAAAAAAGCAGCCAAGAAAGCAGCUAAACCAAAGAAAAAAUCUCCCAAAAAGGCCGCUGCAAAGAAGUAAAUUUAGAACUUAAAGAUGCCGGUGUAGAGAGACGCUGAAAACAUUUCGUGCUCUUUCAGUGCAAUAUUUGUCCUGUUUUAUGUUGUCUCAUUCGGGAAAUACGUGCCAUGGACAUCAAUGAAGGACCAAAUAAGUGUAAAAUAGUG